CCCGACUCCGGCCACCGCCCACCAGAAGUCCAGAACUCUCUCUUUGCUCUCCAUUUGCAACGGUGCACUGUAUUACUGUGGAAGCAUCGAAGGAGGAAAGUCGUUUCCUUUUCUUGCAAAGGGAGCGAUCGCCGAUAAACCCUGAUUUCUGAAGGGGUUAGCAAUUCAGCCUCACUCAUCGACGAGCUGUUGAUUUCUGCUAUUUCCGUCGAUUGUUCUCGCCGGUAGAAAUGGCUAGGGACUCGAUGCCGCGGCCGUGGUUUCUCGAUUUGGUGCCUUUCAUCGUCGUCGUGCUAAUAGCAGCGCACGUUCUCGCUCUGGUAUACUGGAUUUACAGAGUAGCAACUGAGAAAAAUCCACUGAGGAGGAAGGCACAUUGAGCGAGCGUCUUCCCAGGCAGUUGCUGGUUGGACUCGAACGGAGUUGAGUCUGGACACGAGAAUAUACACACGGGUGUACAAUGCUGUGUACUUUUUCCACAAGCUGUAGCCUACUUUACCCCGGUUCGUCUGUUGAUCUUCUUCUCUUUCGUGGUCUGUGGCUAUUGCGGUUGUACAUACUCACUCUCCUAGGGUACCUGUUUCAGACCUGUCACGAUUGAUCGAUAAAUUUGACGGGCUGAUAACAAUAUCAUAAGUUCAUUACCUCUCAAUUGCUU